AUGCGGUACAAGGUAUGCGAAGAUGAUGCGUCGAGCCCUUGGGACUUGCAGUUGGUCACGAAUGGAGGGACGCACAACUCCAGUACUGUAUUGUUCCCAAAGGAUUCUAUUGGUGCUAUUGAGAAUACAAGGGAAGAUAUACAGAUAUCAAGGGGCGAUAAUGUUGUUGAGACGAGUAAGGCAGUCGUGCCGGACCGAGCCAUAUCGUUUGAGGAGUGGCAAGUUCGCGCAUUAGCGAUCCAAACACCGAUGACAAGCUUCGCACGACGUUUAACACUACUUGCAGGAGCUUUUGUCGCUUACGCCAAGGAUGUGAACCAGCAGGCUCAGCAAGAAGUUGACGACAAAGCCGUACCAAAAGGCGAUACUGUAGUGCUUUUAUCGCCUUCAGAAGUGGCUCAGUUUGUAUUACGCUUUGGGGUCAUUCUCCACGAUGGGGACGAG